AUGGACUUGGAGGGCGAUGGUGAGAUUGGUGAGCCGAUGGGUCUGCGUGAGAGGGCGAGCACGGUGCAAGCUCCCCGAGCUUCCCAAGUCAGUGAGACCUGGACGCGGCGCCGGACGGAGGAGCCGGUGUACUCAAAGGACCUGUCCCCGACUGAGAGACGAUUGGGGAAUGUGGAGAAAUAUGACCACGAGCUGGGUGCCUUCUGCAUGCCGCCCAAGAUUGAUGAGGGUUCAGAGCCGCUCGGCAGCUAA